CCACCCCGUCUCCUCUCUCUCACAAACACAGCCUCACCAAUCCUAGAUUCUCCUAAACCCUAUCAGAGCCACCAUCACCAUCUCCCCUUUCUUUCAUUCUGUCCUUCUCCUCGUGUCGCCAGAAGCUAAGGUCGGUUUGGGGCUGUUGUUGGCGUCGCCGUUUCCCUGUCCGAGCUCUCUCUGUCACUGCUUUUCUGCUCCUUCACCGUUGGUCGUCACCGCUUCUCUGCUCCUCGCCGUGAGUUGUCGCUGCUUCUCACCUCCUUGCCGUGCGUUUUUUCUGCUUCUCCCAUCCCCGCCGUUUUUGGCUGUGGCCCCUUCUCUACUCCCCGCCAAUCUUGUCGUCGCUGCUUCUCUGCUCCACACCGUGUCUCACCGUCGUUGCUUCUCUGUUUCACAUUACUGAAUUUCCCAAUCUGAAUUUCUCUGUCUCUCUGCUCUCUGGCUCUAUGCUGUCUUUUCCUCCCCUUUGCUGUCAAUCCAUAUAAGUUACUUGACCGGUUCAUUGACUGGUCCGGUUCUCGCAACCUUAGUUAGGAGAGCAUUUACAUGCUGGGACCAUUGAAUUCGGUGCUUUCGUAGUGCUGCUGCGAAGUUGAGAAUUGCUAGUUUCUAGCUUUCUCUUCUCCCCUUUUCCUUUCUCUGCUCUCCAAAUCAGCCGGCGUCACUGAUCCGUUCUCCAGAUCGCCACUCCGUUCAGUCCGUUCACUACUGUGCCGCCGCCGUUCUCCAUUUAUCCUCCUGCAUCGCUACUCCGGGUCGCUGCCACCAGUGCCUCUGCUCGCAUCUUCGCCGGCGUCUCUCGCCUCUCCGGCCGCUUCUCCCUCGUCCCUGCACUAACAAUUUCUUGUGGAGAGACCUCUUUAUCUUCGAAAAUCUUCAUGUUCCUUGCAUUCCAUAUCUUCCAUAACACAUGGAGUGUGUUCAUGGAUUCACAAUCUCUUGCAUACCAGAGUCAUCAAAUGCAAUGAAUGCAAUAGCAUUAGGAACAAAACCAACGAAGCAUGUUCUUUGUGCCACACUUAGUUCUUGCGCAAAAACCCUUAAUUGGCCUCUAGGUAUACAAAUCCAUGCUCAUAUCAUUCAAUCCGGGUAUGAGGAUAAUUUGUUCCUUAGCAGUGCACUCGUUGAUUUCUAUGCAAAAUGUGAUUCCAUUUUGGAGGCAAAGAAGGUAUUCACAUCCAUGAAGGUGCACGAUAAGGUGUCGUGGACUUCACUCAUUUCAGGGUUCUCAAUAAAUGGACAAGGAAAAGAUGCAUUCUUGUUGUUCAAGGAUAUGUUGGGUACCCAAAUUAAGCCUAAUUCUUUUACCUUUGCCAGUGUUAUUGGUUCUUGUGUGGGGCAAAAUGGCGGCCUUGAAAAAUGUUCAAUUCUUCAUGCACAUGUUGUGAAACGAGGAUUUUGUGCCAUGAAUUUUGUGUUGUGCUCAUUGGUUGAUUGUUAUGCAAAAUGGGAGUGUGUUGAUGAUGCUGCUUUGGUGUUUGAUGAAAGUACUGAAAGGGACAGUAUUGUGUAUAAUUCAAUGAUCUCUGGUUAUUGUCAAAACUUGUACUAUGAUGACGCGCUGAAACUAUUUGUGGAAAUGCGGCAAAGGAAUUUGGGUGUUACUGAUCACACUUUAUGUUCUGUAUUAAAUGCUUGCAGUGGCAUUGCAAUACUUCUUCAAGGAAGACAAGUGCACUCUGUUGUUGUUAAGAUGGGUUCAGAGCAGAAUGUGUUCGUGGUCAGUGCUUUGAUUGAUAUGUAUUCAAAGGGCGGUGACAUUGGUGAGGCUCGAGCUGUGUUGGACCAGGCUUCUAACAAAAAUAGUGUGUUGUGGACAUCUAUGAUCAUGGCUUAUGCUCACUGCGGUAGAGGUUUGGAGGCUCUGGAACUUUUUGAUCAUUUAUUGGUGGAGAAAGAGUUCAUUCCUGAUCAUGUGUGCUUUACAGCAAUCUUAACAGCUUGCAAUCACGCUGGAUUUCUUCACAAAGGGGUGGAGUACUUCAACAAAAUGAGCACACAUUACCAAUUAUCUCCUGAUAUAGACCAAUAUGCUUGCUUGAUUGAUCUGUAUGCUAGAAAUGGAAAUCUUAGGAGGGCAAGAGAUUUAAUGGUAGAAAUGCCUUAUGAUCCAAAUACUGUAAUCUGGAGUUCCUUCUUGAAUUCUUGCAAGAUUCAUGGAGAUGUAGAGCUUGGAAGGGAGGCUGCGGAUCAGCUCAUUAAGAUGGAACCAUGUAAUGCAGCACCAUAUUUAUCACUAGCACAAAUCUAUGCGAAAAAAGGUUUAUGGAACGAAGUGGCUGAAGUCAGAAGCCUUAUGCAAAGAAGGAGAAUAAGAAAACCUGCAGGAUGGAGUUGGAUAGAGGUAGAUAAGAAGCUUCAUGUCUUUGCAGUUGAUGAUGUAACUCAUCAACAAUCAAUUGAGAUCUAUGCAGAGUUGGAAAAGAUUUAUCUGGGAAUUAUAGAAGUGCCAACUUAUAUAUCAUAGUAUAUCAAUAUUUAAGCAUAGGUCUACUCUCCUUGCUUCCUAUGGAUUACGGAUUCCAGUUUAUGAUGAGAACCUUGAAUACUUUCAUGUUGUUAAUUUAUCAGAUGUUGAUUGAGGCAGAGUAUAAUCUCCAGAAAAAAUCCAACGUGUUGGAUACUGACUCCAAUUUAUCCCUGUUGUUCUUCGAAAAUUUAGCUGAUAACAAGAGGCAAGAUGUAUUCGAGGUAGUAGAUGAAAUCUUAUAGGGGGUUCAACAUACAUGGAGGAGCUCAGGUCUCCCCUUUUUCAUAUACGAGUAGAGAUUAUGAUCCGGCCAUUGUUUCCCAUGGUUCGGGAGAAUUAUGGCGGUCCCUUGUGUGAGAGAUUUUGCCAUUCGUCGGGGAUCUUUUCUGCUUUGGUCAGACUCUCCUCCCACUGUUAUGGUUGACUGUUUGGGCCCCUGGAUGAGCUGCUGGGGUGCCUCUGGGCUGUGCUGGACGCAUUUCUGUGUUGGGCUUAUCCAGAACAAAUUUUAUGCAACAAAAGGUGACCGAGAUGUUGAUGCCUAGUGAUAUUCCAUAUUAUUAUUAUUAUUCUAGCAUCGUCAGCUGAUGCUGUGUGGAUAUGCAUAUCAUUUGAGAUCAUUUUUUAGUAGGUACUGAAGCUGAACCAAGGAAAAAGGGAGCAGCUGCGGCUGCUUAAGCUUUUUGGAUUGAAAGAUUGUUGUUUGGUGGGUACGGAAUUAGAGUGUUAGAUUUUUGUUUUUCUUUUGUUGAGGCAAGGCCUUUUAGGCCUUUGGAACAUUCGUUUAUUUUGAUAGCCUCAUAUUGCUUCUGUCUCUCUUGGUCUUGUUUACUUCAAUUUUGUAAUUGCUAUUAAAUUUCAACGAGUCAGACUUUUUGGAUAUUCAGUGGAUUAUAUGACAAUUAUAGUUUUGGUU